GGCUCAAGAAACCGAGAAUCGGAGGAUUCAGAGAUAGCACACCGCAAGGCAUCAUCAACUUUAUACAAAUUUCAACAAAGGAUGCCUAAAUACUAAAUAGACGGCCGCUUUCACCAAACCCAAUAUCUCUAUGAUAUUCUUUCUGUUAAGAGUCUUCCUAGUCACUUGUUCGGUUUUCAAGUAAAUCCCUUUUUCUAUCUAGUUCGAAAGGGAAAGUAAAAAAGAAAAAGAUAGAUUCUUUGUUGCCUAUCUUGGAGUUAAAAACCUGAACAAGGUGCCCGUUAGAAAGAUUUGUGCAAGUACAUAUCACAAGGCAGUUGUGCUUUCUUUAAGAGAUAGCCAAGAUGAUUUUAUAUGAGCAGGAUCCAGAUGUUGUUCGAUGGGGUCUCCAUGAUCUAAUUGAUGUUUGUACACUUUCAAAUUCUGGUUCAUGUAAUUCUGUUACUUGUUAUGGCAUGGAUACAUUUAACGUUGAGUAUGUUAGAGAAUAUUAUAAUGACCCGUUAUAUGCAAGUAAUGUGGAGAAUGAUGCUGUUAUUGCUCGUGCUCUCCAAGAAGAACUUUCAAGGAUUGCUUAUGUGGAAGCAUCUGGGUUCAAUAACACUGAACGAGAAUCAAUUAUUACACAGCACUGGCCUGGUCCUCAUGAAACAUACCAUGGUUCUGAGCAUGAGGAUGAUCAGACAGUCACUGUUCACAGUGAAAGCAUGAUGGAUGCUGAUGAUUGCAGCAAAAAUAUGGCAGAUUAUUCUAUCAAGAAGGAUGAAAUAUUGAUUCCUACUUCAUCUUCUAGCAAUGGAGAAAAUUCCCUCGAGAUGGAAGAGCUGACACUUAUUUUAAAUAUAGAAAAUGAAUCUGCUCUUGAUGGUGAAGUGGGCAAGAGGAUAACUGAGAUGGUUCCUGUUUCUCAUGUUCCUAAAACUAAUGGAGAAAUACCAUCGGAGGAUGAACAGAUGUCAGAUCAUCAAAGACUGCUAGAAAGGUUAAAGGUAUAUUAUCUUGUUGAGAAUAAAGUUCAAGGAGAUGGUAACUGUCAGUUUUGUUCUCUGUCAGAUCAACUCUAUCGCUCUCCUGAGCACCACAAAUUGGUGAGAGAACGAGUUAUUGAUCAGCUCAAAUCUCAGCCGCAAAUGUACAGCAGCUAUGUUCCUAUGGCUUAUGAUGACUAUCUGAAGAAAAUGAGCAAGAGUGGUGAAUGGGGUGACCACGUUACAUUGCAGGCUGCCGCAGAUUCGUAUGGUAUCAAGAUAUUUGUGAUAACUUCAUUCAAGGAUACAUGUUACAUCGAGAUCCUUCCAAGAGUUCAAAAGUCCAAUCGAGUUAUUUUCUUGAGCUUUUGGGCGGAGGUGCACUACAAUUCUAUUUAUCCAGAAGGAGGUAAACAGUUGGAUCUUGUUUGUCAAAGCAAUGAAUAUUGUUCUAUGAUACUUCUUAGUAGGGUCCAUCUUUUUCUGGCUUCCAUCUGAUGCUGUCUUGGUCUUCUAUAAAAGCAAUUUUGAAAAACAUGAGCAUCUCUUGGCUGGAAAAAAAAAAAAAAAAAACUGCCCAAUGAAAACACCAUGGGUGAAGUACUGUUGGGGGUAAACAAAUGUCUUUUUGCAAAUUUUGCAAGUCUCUUAUUAUAUCAUCUGAUACGUUGUCAUGAGUGUUUGAUUUGUUUAACUUGCAUGCUGGAUGUCUUUUCCUAAAUUCUAACGGUUUUAGCUGCUUUACCAUUGCUGCUCUCUCGCUAAUAUAGAGGCACCGCAAUAUGAGCCUAAGAAAAAGAAGAAGUGGUGGAACCUUGGAUGAUUUGAAGCUAAGACCUUCAGUGGCAAACCUCAUAAGAAGAGUUUUCAUUACAUGGAGAGGCUAUUCUAUUCAAUUGCCUCACAAUUUGGCGAAUCAGAGUAAAGGGGAAAUGCGGAUGCCAUUGCUGCGCCAUUUGUAGCUACCUUUGUGCAUAUUAUAUAUUUUACACACCCCCCCCAAAAAAAAAAAAAAAAAAAGGGUUCCAUCUUCCGUCAUUUUUUAAUUCCUUUUCCCGCUGUUCUGACUGUACAUAGUAGGAAGGGCAAUAGAAGGGUUUUCUUUUACCCUUCAUGGCAGAACCAGAGACACUAUUUCUGGAUAAAUCGUAGCUGUUGUACAUCUUGCAUGCUGUUUACUUUGUCUUUUUAAGAUUUGUGCUCUUCAACUUUUGCUUCUA